CAGAGUGGAUGAAAUUAAAAAAGAAAAUUCCGGAAUUUCCACCCCUGGCCCGACGAUUUUCUGGCCGAAGUUCAUCAUAUUGGAAUCGCGUCUCCUUUCUUCUUGAAUUGAUUGCGGGGUUCUGAAUCUGAAAGCUCAGGGUUUCAGAUUGCUCCAUCAGAUUCGUUGAGCUGUGCAUAAAAAGCAAAUAAUCUUAAUGUUCAUUGAAGAUCAAAGGAAUUGAAUUUUGAACUUGGGUUGUGAAGAUGUAUCGGGCCGGGGCUGCAAUCACUAAUCGAGGUGGAUUGCCGACAGAUAGCGGAGAUUCAACGGUGACACUAGAUCAAGUUCCUCGAUGGAGUGAUUCAGAGCACAGAUAUUUGUAUGAGAAUGAAGAUCCAGCAUUUGCGAAUUCAUAUUUUCCUGACCCUUUGACGUCUGCCUCUGAGGGUGAGAAUAGUGGAAAUGGCAUGUUAUCAAGAUUUCCAGUUGAUCGUGAAAUUAACUCGAAGAUAUAUCUUUGGAGGGGAGACCCUUGGAAUCUUGAGGUGGAUGCUGUUGUUAACUCAACAAACGAGAACUUAGACGAAGCACACAGCAGCCACGGUUUGCAUGCUGCUGCUGGACCUGGCCUUGCAGAAGAAUGUUCAACACUGGGUGGCUGUCGAACAGGAAUGGCCAAAAUGACGAAUGCAUAUGACCUCCCUGCAAGGAGGGUUAUACACACUGUCGGCCCAAAGUAUGCUAUAAAGUAUCACACUGCUGCAGAGAAUGCUUUGAGUCAUUGCUAUCGAUCUUGCCUUGAACUUCUUGUUGAAAAUGGAAUGAAGAGCAUUGCUAUGGGAUGUAUAUACACAGAAGCUAAAAACUAUCCUCGAGAACCAGCUGCACAUGUGGCAAUAAGAACUGUGAGAAGAUUUCUUGAGAAGCAGAAGGAUAGAAUAGGAGCCGUUGUAUUCUGUACUACCACUGCCUCCGACACAGAAAUAUAUAAAAGAUUGCUUCCACUUUAUUUCCCACGGGACAAACAAGAGGAGGAGAUAGCUAUUAUGAAACUUCCUGCAGAUGUAGGAGAUGAAAAUGGCGAGACAGUCAUAGAUGAACGCAAAAUAAGAAUUAAGCCUUUACCGAAUGUGAAGAAGGCUACUUCUAGAAUUGCUCAAAUCUCCACCGAUCAUCCAUCCAGUGAUGUUGUGCUGGCAAGACGGAACUCGGCAUACUUGGAUACACUUUUAGAUCCUACUUUUAUGUCCUUGACCAAAGAUCCUGAUCAGAGACGCAGAGAACAGUGGGAAAAGGCUGCUGAAGCACGAAGUGGUUGGAAUUUUGCUAAAAUGCUUGGAUACGGUAACCUCGGUGGUCCUCCUUUGUCUGCUGCUGAAGAGUACUCACUUCAUUCUAGAUACCUUUCGAAAGCAAAUUCUCUCAAUCUUUCCGAAAUUGCCGAAAUGAAAAUAGUUUAUCGAGGUGGGGUUGAUAGUGAAGGUCGCCCGGUGAUGGUGGUGGUCGGAGCACAUUUCCUGUUGAGGUGUCUCGACUUAGAACAGUUCAUAUUACAUGUAGUUAAGGAGUUCGAGCCCGUGAUACAGAAACCAUACACUAUCGUUUAUUUCCACUCCGCUGCAUCCUUGCAAAUGCAACCUGACCUGGGAUGGAUGAAGAGAUUACAGCAAAUUCUUGGGCAGAAGCACCGGCGAAACCUUCAUGCGAUAUAUGUCCUUCAUCCAACCUUUGGACUAAAAUCGGCAAUAUUUGGAUUGCAGCUACUCGUCGAUAAUGUGGUUUGGAAGAAGGUGAUCUACGUUGAUCGACUUCUCCAGCUGUUCCGAUACGUUCCUCGCGAACAAUUAACGAUUCCGGAUUUUGUAUUCCAGCAUGAUUUAGAAGUAAAUGGAGGGAAGGGUGUGAUAGUUGAUCCAAGAACGAAAUACGUGUACCAGCGGCCAUAGAAGACGAUGAAGGAUGCAUCAAAGCAGGCACAGUGAAUCUAUCGAGACCAAAAAAUUCUCUGCUUGAUUUCUUUGUGUGUUUCUUUUUGUAGUUCAGGAUGGAUUUGUGAAUGAUUUUAUUGGCCUCAUUUUUAUUUUUUUUCUCUAUGAAUUCCAUCGUCGUUCUGUAGCUAGGCAUUGCUCCAUUGUAUGAAAUUUUACUGAACAUUAUCAUGUAUUGAUAUUUUGGUCAGAAGCUUUUCUUCAGAA